AUGACUGACGGCGGAGCUAGGCCGCGCGUGAGCUGCCUGAUCAUGGACGGGAUGCUGAGUUUCCCUAUUCCGGUGGCUGAAGAAAUGGGUAUUCCUUUCAUGUAUUUUCCGACGAUCAGCGCCUGCGGCCUUUGGCCCUAUUUUUGUGUUAAAGAGGUCAUUGACUCCGGCGAACUACUUUUCAAAGGUAAAAAUGAAGACAAAUUGACAUUUUGGAAAAGCAAAGAGAUGGACUUAAUGGUAACAAGCGUACCAGGAAUGGAGAAGAUCCUCCGGCGACGCGACCUCCCGUCGUUCUUCCGAGUCGAAGACGCCAACGAUGUCGUGCUCCAGUCCAUUAUCGAACAGAGUAAGAGAACACGUCAAGCUGUUGGUCUCAUAAUCAACACAUUUGAAGAUUUAGAAGGUCCGAUUCUUGAUCAAAUCGGCAAACACAAUGCCAAUCAGAAUCCUUAUUCCAUCGGCCCCUUACACACGCAUUUGAAAGAGUUGCAGAAAGCGAAGGGAAUGGAAUCAUCGCAUCAUUCUAGCAGCUUCUGGAAGGAAGACGACAGCUGCAUUGCCUGGUUAGAUUCCCAGCCUCCCGAUUCUGUGAUAUAUGUGAGCUUUGGGAGUGUUGCCACAUUGACAAGGGAUGAAUUGAUGGAGUUUUGGUAUGCGUUGGUUAAUAGUGGGAAAAAAUUCUUGUGGGUGGUUAGAGCGGAUUCCAUCGUUGGGGGCGGAAUUGGAAAUGAGAUCCCGGUUGAGCUUGAGGAAGGUACGAAACUGAGAGGGUUGAUGGUGGAAUGGGCGCCACAAGAACUAGUUCUAAGGCAUAAGUCGGUUGGGGCGUUUUUCACGCACAGUGGAUGGAACUCGACUAUUGAAAGUAUAGUGAUUGGGGUCCCGAUGUUGUGCUGGCCUUAUUUUGCGGAUCAGAUGGUGAAUAGUAGGUUUGUGAGUGAGGUGUGGAAGAUUGGAUUGGAUGUGAAAGAUAGUUGUGAUAGGUUGUUGAUUGAGAGUAUGGUUAGAGAGGUGAUGGAAGUUAAGAGAGAUGAGUUGUUAGAGAAGGCUCGUGGUAUGGCGAAUAUGGCCAACAAGGCUAUUUGUGAAGGAGGAUCUUCGCACGUAAAUUUGAACCGAUUGAUUCAGUUCUUCAAGUCCACGGCAUAA